AUGAGGAGACUGUUGCUGCUCGGGGUGACGGCCUUCUGUCUCUGUGUGUUUGUCGCCGCUGACACACAGCAAGACCGACAGGGAGACAAAUCCUUCCCUGAGAAGGAUGGCGUUUUACAGCUGAAGAAAGGAAAUUUCAACAGGGCACUGAGAAAAUACAAGCAGCUCCUUGUGCAUUUCUAUGCUCCUCUGUCUGGAGAAGCCUAUCGUGUGUCCGCAGCUUUUGAGGAUGCUGCUGCGGAGCUUCAAGAGUCAGAGGUCAAACUGGCAGUCGUUGAUGUUACAAAGGAAAAGGACCUGGCUAAAGAUCUAAAUGCCACAGGUCCCCCAACAAUCAGGCUGUACCUCGCUGGAGAUAAACACAACCCUGUGCCCUGCCCUGUUCCUCAGAGCUCGGCGUCCAUCUUGACCUGGCUGAAAAGAAGGGAGGGGUCUGCUGCUGACUUCAUCACAGAUCUUAGCCAAUUAGAGGCAUCAGAGGAGCUGACAGUGGUUGGGUUCUUUAAGGACCUGGACCAUGAGUAUGUCCAGGUGUUCUACGCUGCGGCCAUCAACCUUCCUGACAUCAGCUUUGCUGUGACACAGAACAAUGAUGUUAUCAGUAAAUAUGGUCUCACACACGAUGUUGUGCUGCUGCUUAAAAAGUCUAAGCUCAUCCAGGCUUAUAAAAUGAUGCCUCAGACAUCUAAAGAGGAGCUGAUCAUCUUUAUCACCGUCUACCAGAUGGACCCAGUCACCGAGUACACCGGAAAGACAGCCACGCAGGUCUUAUCCUCACCUGUGUUAAACCACGCCCUCCUGUUUGUGAACAAGAGCUCUGCAGACUUUGAAGAGAUUUACUCUGCCUUUAACAGUGCUGCAAAGGCAUUCAGGUUGAAGAUUUUGUUUGUGUGGGUGAACGUGGAUGAGCCUCGUAAUGGCAGGCUGAUGGAGUACUUCCGUGUACGAGAUUUUGAGGCUCCUCUCAUCCGAUUGGUCAACCUGACAGACCAUGUGACCUAUCACCUGCCCUCUGACUCUCUGGAUACUGAUACCAUAAAAAAAUUCUGUCAAUCCUACCUCGAGGGCAAGGCUAAGCCUAAGAUGCAGAGUGAGCCGAUACCUGAGGGAUGGGACACAAAGCCGGUGAAGGAGCUGGUGGGAGUGACUCUGGAGAAAGUUGCCUUUAACCCAGACAAGACCGUUUUUGUCCUGUUCUAUCUGCCCUACAGUCAGGAGUCCCGUGCUCUGUUCCCACUGUGGGAGAAACUAGCCGAGGCCUUAAAGGAGAGAGAGGACGUGGUCAUCGCUCGAUUCGAUGCCUCUGCCAAUGACAUCAACAUGUCGAUGCAGGGAUCCUACCCAUCACUCUGCCUGUUUCCUGCUCUGCAUGCUGAAAGGAUGGUGGUUUACACUGGAAAAAGGAAGUUGAAGGACCUGGUUAAGUUUCUGGAUAAAGAGAUGGAAAAAGCCAAAAUAGAGAGAGUUAAGGAGGAUGAAGACAGGAGGAAGUACAUCGAGGCCAUAAAAGCUGAAGAGGCAAAAAAAGCCAACAAAACCAAAGACGAGCUUUAGUACAAGAACAAAGAGAGUAUACUUUGUGCGUGUGUGUGUGUGUGUGUGCACGUGUGUGUGUGUGUGUGUGUGUGUGUGUGUGUGUGUGUGUGUGUGUGUGUGUAUGUACUUCAUACCUUUCAGUCAGUACUUUCUAAACAUGGAUCUGGUUUUAUCUACUCAAACA